AUGUGGGUUGAGGGCGCGGAGCGGGGGUCAGGGUUGUACCGCGGAUGGUGUGACCUGGAUCGCCCUCUGCCCUCGGAGUCGGUUGUUUCUGCCCUCUUCAACUGUGGUGUAUAUAACCCAUCGCUCUCUUUCGCUCCUCUAUCUACUCUCUCUAUCAUAAUGGCUGACUCGCGUGAAGACUCUGUGUACCUCGCCAAGCUUGCUGAGCAGGCGGAGCGCUAUGAGGAGAUGGUGGAGAACAUGAAACGCGUCGCGUCGUCGGACCAGGAGCUGACUGUCGAGGAGCGCAAUUUACUGUCGGUCGCGUACAAGAACGUGAUUGGUGCUCGUCGGGCAUCGUGGCGAAUUGUUUCAUCGAUCGAGCAAAAGGAGGAGUCCAAGGGCAACGAUGCCCAGGUCACCAUGAUCAAGGGCUAUCGUGAGAAGAUUGAGGCUGAGCUCGCAAAGAUCUGCGAGGAUAUCCUCGACGUUCUCGACAAGCACCUUAUUCCUUCUGCUGCGUCUGGCGAGUCCAAGGUCUUCUACCACAAGAUGAUGGGCGACUACCACCGCUACCUCGCUGAAUUCGCAACCGGUGAGAAGCGCAAGGCUAGCGCUGACAAGUCUCUCGAGGCCUACAAGGCCGCCUCUGAUGUUGCCGUCACCGAGCUUCCCCCUACCCACCCCAUUCGUCUCGGUCUUGCGCUCAACUUCUCUGUCUUCUACUAUGAGAUCUUGAACUCGCCCGACCGUGCUUGCCAUCUCGCCAAGCAGGCAUUCGACGAUGCGAUUGCUGAGCUUGACACCCUCUCGGAGGAGAGCUACAAGGAUUCUACCUUGAUCAUGCAGCUCCUCCGUGACAACCUUACCCUCUGGACUUCGGACAUGCAGGAUUCCGCCGACAAGUCGGGUGACAAGGACGAGGCUGCUGCGGAAGGCGACGAAGCCAGCAAGGCAUAG